AUGGGGGAUACCACCUAUGGGGUGAGCUUAGAAAUAUAUAACCACAUAAAGAACAGAGAUAACAAUAGGUCCUUGGACAUUUUUGAUGAGAGAUCACAUCCACUCACACGAGAAAGGGUUCCGGAGGAGUGCUUUCAGCAUGAUCCUGAACCCAAAUACAUCUACAGAUUUGUUUAUGCUCUUUUCAGUGCCGCCCAGCUGACUACUAUUAAAUGUGCAAUAGUGACUUUGGUUUACUUAGAAAGGCUUUUAACUUAUGCUGAGAUCGACCUUUGCCCCACUAACUGGAAAAGAAUUGUUUUGGGAGCCAUUCUUCUUGCCUCCAAGGUUUGGGACGAUAAGGCUGUUUCGGACUACUGCCAGAUCCUAAAGGACAUUACAGUUGAGGACAUUCAGGGCCGGCGGACGGAGCGCAGGGGGAACUGCUCCAUCGGGGUCAUUGCUCAGUGCCAGGACGCAGGAAGAACCACCAAGAGCUGUCCCUUGUUUGAACAUGAGUGUAUUAAUCCAGCUGGGGAGCCGUUGAAUGAGGCGGAAACGCACUUUGUGGAGCUCCUCCAGUUUCAUAUUAAUGUUUCCACCAGUGUUUAUGCCAGAUACUACUUUGACCUUUUCUCCUUAGCAGAUGACGACAACCUGAGUUUUCCAAUUGCUCCUUUUAGCACAGAAAGAGCACAGAGCCUAGAGGCCAUCUCCAGACUGUGUGAAGACAAAUACAAAGACUUGGGCAGAGUUGCUGUGAGAAGGUCUUUCAGCGCUGAUCAUUUCAUUGGUAUUCAGCGCUCCAAUGCCAUCCUCUCAUGA